AUGCAGCGGCCGACAUGCACAAACAUCCGCCUGAGGGCCACUAGUGAUGCUCAUGUCAUAUUCCAUGCUGUGAACCUGGGUAUUCUGCCAAUGGUCCUUCGACGUUUGGACAGUGAGGAGCGACGCUCAAUAGUUCCGGGGUCUGUCUUCGUCUGGGAGGAGCGUAGUCCAAACACUGAAGCCACCGGACUUGGCAUCGAGAGAUGGACAGACGGUAUUAAAUGGGGCCCAUCACGAGUGCGGGAUGAUUUUCUCCUUUACAAUGAGAAGGAUGUCGAUUAUGACCUUGAAACCCGACCGAUAGUAAGUCCGUGUCGAGCAGAAGUUGCCAAUCCUCUCUCAGAGACCCUGCCAAGUCUUAGGUCGCAAUCGCCGUCUGGUAGGACGUGGGGAGACCCAGCUGACCAUCUCGUCAAGCAAACGUAUUCUGUUUUUGUCGAAACACCUAGAGGCCGUCGGAAGUGGCACAUGAUCGCCUAUUUCACUCAAGAAUCUCUAGAUUAUCUACGCACGAUCCAAGAUAUACCGGAACUUGCGCACCUUGAAGUACCAGACGGCCUGUAUAAAAAGGCCCGAUUAGCGAAAGGACGAGGACGAGAAGAGUACUCCUAUGAUCGACAAGCCACCAACAUCGAGGACUAUGCCAAUCGCAGCGGCUACCCUUAUUCCCCCUACGCCUCCCAAGUCUCUCCGCCAUCGCCUUACAUGACUGCAUCAGAGUCGCGGCAGAAGGCUCCAAGUCGGAGUUGGAGAGACGUGCCGCGGGCUAUAGAACGAGACUCCUCUGAAUCCACCGAUUCGUCAUUGCCCACGGAAAGGAGGUCUGGCACAUACCUCGCCCCUCUAUCUUACCUAGAGAGCAUUCGCCAAUCUCGCCGGCAUCCCAUGGAUGAGAAGGCCCUUCGGUCAUUUCGAUCUAGAUGA